CUUUAUGAGAUACAUGAUUUGUGCAUAUUUCCUCCUAGUCCAUGGCUCAUCUUUUUCUUCUCUUCACAGUGUCUUUUGAAGAGCAAAAGGCCUCAGACUUGAUGAACUCCAAUCCAUCAACUUGUUCUCUUCUAUAUCCAGCUAUUGAUGUUACAUCUAAGGAAACUUUACCUCCCCUAAAGUCAUAAUGAUUUUCUCUGGUUCUUUUUUAAAAAAAAGGGUGAUAGUUUUAAGUUUUACAAACGGUCCGUUUUGACUUAAUUAUUUAUAAGGUGUGAGGUAUUCCGUUCCUUAAAGUUCUUUUUUUUGCAUUUAGCUAUCCAGCUAUUCCCACUCAUGGUUGUAAGACUGUUCUUCCUUCGUCGCCUUGUUUAGCACCCUGUCAAAGACCGAAGACCUGCGUGGGCCAGUUUCUCCCCCAUUUAUGUCCCCGAUACUGGAGUUUCACAGGAAGCCUGGAAAUCAGGAAGUGACCACACCUACUUUUCAGCACAGAGAUUAUUAUCCUCCCCACGUUACAUAUAUGGGGAAACUGACCACAAUCAGAGUUACAUGCCUCACUCACAGCCUCCCUUAUAAGUUAGCCACUCAGCUCACACUCCAAACCCACAUCUUCUCCUGCCUCGCCCAACGCUCAGAGUCUGAUUUGGGUUCAACUCUCAGGUCUGCUUUUCUUGGUUGUGUGGCCCUGGGAAAGCAACUGUAACCCUUCUGUGCCUCAGUUUCCCCAUCGGUAAAGUGAGUGUAACAGCGGUACCUGCUUUAGAGAUUAAAUUCAGAACGUACAGAAUUGCUGCUAUUUGACCAUUUCUGACGGAUACAAAUGGCAACGUUACCCAGUUCGACCUAAUAGGCCAAAUGAUCCUCCUAGUACUAGAGAGAGGGCGGGUACUUCAGAGAUGGUAGCUAGAGCUGGCGUUGCUGUCACCAUUGGCGUUGUCACGGUUACCACGGCUCCUGCUGCUGUUGCGGCUACACCAUUACCGCGGAGGGCGGUGGCCCCUCAGGCUGCUGGUUAGUGUUCUGUGUGUCCUCAGACCAGGCAGCCAACCACCACCAAGCACUCCCUGGGGGACACACUUGUUGCCGACUCUGCAGAGAGUCAUAGGGCCCCACCUCCGCUCCCGUGGAGCCCAGUGCCCGCCUGGUGUCACUGCUCCGUGUUCUCAGAUGGCCCGGGGGCGCCUUGUCGCAUGAUGGGAGUUUGGGGAAGAACCUUCCAGGCACAGGCGGCAGCUGGCACAACGGCUUGGACGCGGGAACGGACAGGCUUCGGGGAGCCUGAGGCUUGACGCUGGGUGGAGAGUGGGAAGCGGCCCACGGUGGCCAGAAUGGGCUCACAGGGAACCCCCGCCCUUUCCCUCCGCAGGUGGCCUGCCUUUGCCAAACACCCUUCAGAAGAGCCCUCCCAGCCCUUCCUCGGCCAUGACCGAGCAAACCAUCGUCAUCGACCACGGGUCUGGCUACAUGAAGUCCGGCUUCUCCGGCUGGAACGAGCCGCAGUUGGUCUUACCAAGCAUCGUGAACUACAGGCCGUGCAGGGAGAACCCCGGCCCCAGCUCCGCCCGGCGGCGCUUGGGUCUGGGCAUCGACCUUCUCCACCCUGACACCUUUAGCUACCCCAUCCAGCGGGGCCGCGUCCUCAACUGGGAGGGCGUGGAGCAGAUCUGGUCCUUUGUCCUGCAGAAGCACAGACUGAUACACGAGGACACCCCCGUAUUGGUCACAGAGUCCCCCCUGAAGGACCCUAUGGAGCGAAAGAAGACCCUGGAGAUUAUGUUUGAGUUACUGGAUGUCCCGGCCCUGCUCCUGGCCGACCAGAUGGAGAUGUCCCUGUACGCCACGGGCUUCCUGACGGGCAUGGUGGUCGAUUCCGGCUGCGGCCUGACCCGAGUCCAGCCUUUCCACUUGGGCCGCCCCAUAUGGCCCACCGGGAAGCUGAUGGAGUUCGGCGGCCAGGAUCUCUCCGACUAUCUCGUCAAGAGCCUCUUCAAGGAAGACAGCAAGGUGAACAAGCUGUUUCAGCUGCAAACAGUUGACGCCAUUAAGAUGACCAAAUGCUAUGUGCCGCAGAACCUGGUGGAGGCGCUGGACUACCGCCAGAACCUGCCCACUGGCUACGAUGAUAGUAACACCUACGUGCUCCCGGACGGCACCUCCGUGGAGCUGACCCCCAUGCAGCGGCUGGCCCCCGAGAUGUUCUUCAGCCCGCAGGUGUUCGACCAGGAGAGGUCCAGCAUCUCCCAGGCGGUGCUGGAUUCCAUCAACGCCUGCGACACCGCCCUGCAGCCCCAGCUCAUGUCGCACGUGAUCGCCUGUGGGGGGAACACCCUCUACCCGGGCUUCACCCGGCGCCUGUUCCUGGAGCUGGCCCCGCAUUAUCCCUCCUGCACGGAUGCCUCCGUGUGGAGUCACAGCAAGAGAAACUUUAGCGUCUGGCUGGGAGCGUCUGUUGUGGCUCAUCUGUCUACUUACAAGUCUGAGUGGAUGACCAGGAAGGAGUACGAUGAGAAAUAGGAGCUGUGGCCUGUUGGCUUGCCCGGGGUGGUGGUGGAGGGGGGUGACCCGGCUUUCAUCAGAUGGGCACUGGUGGAUUAAUUUCAGUGAAAGGGACUGGGCCGGGGUGGGGUUAGCUGGCAUUGGAAUUCUGAGCUCAUGGGGGAUGUUUUAAAGUUCUGGGGUUUUAUCUUGUUUCAAAAAUGGGAUCCAACCCAUGGGAGGACAAGGUGUCAUCCUGCGAAGCCCCCCAGGGGCAGUUUCUCCAGGGGUGGGCUGUGACUAGGAUGGGAGCGGUCAGCUGCCAUCUCCAUGAUAGCCACUUAUUGUUCACUGGCGUCUCCUUGGGUUGUCCAUUCUUCUAGUUGAGUAGGUUUUA